GAUUCUAAAUAUGGGGGAAAAUGUCGACGAUACUGAUCAGCUAGAUCAUGUAAUAACAAACUCUUCAUAAAAAAUGGUAAUGUUUCGCGCAACGACCAAAAAUGUAUGAUUACCCAGAAUCACCAGGCUGCGAAACUGUCUCACCCACUAAACUCAUGCCAUUCUGUAAACCCCCAUUCUGUAAACCCCCAUAUUCCCCCAUAUUUUCAGGAAAAAAUCGUCACAAUGGUGUCGACAAAACGUCGCCAAUGGCCUAUGACUACCGGAAAGAGAGGACACAAUGAUUGUUAUAUUUUGCAUUUUUGCAAACCUUAUUGAUGAGAGCUAUCUUGCGUCAAGAACAUAGGAAUUUUGACAUUUUACAAAUCUCGGAAAGCAACCUUCACAAG